UUUCUCUAUCUAUCUAUCUAUCUAUCUAUCUAUCUAUCUAUCUGCCUGUGUUAUUUCUUUAUUAUGUUAUUUCUUUCUUUAUGCCCCCCCCCCGGCUAUAAACCCGGAUGAAUGACUUCACUUUUCCGCCUGGGUGUUCCUUUAUGGUCUUUGGGAUCUCCCUGCGUUUUUCCACCAGAGCUGCGUGUUAUCACCACCACCAAUCCCUGUAUCUCUCUCUCUCUCUCGCUCUCUCACUCUCUCUCUCUCUCUCUCUUUCUCUCUCUCUCUCUUUCUCUCUCCCCCUCUCUGUUACCAUAACAGCUCAUUGAGUCCGGAUUCAGAGAGAACGCACGCUGCUGGAGUUGGAGUUUACACUCAACCCGACCGAGCCCGAACCCGAACCUCUCGUUUUCUCUCUCUCUCUCACUCCUUCUUUCGUGUCCUCCUCAGCCAUGUCCGAGGUUUUGCCCUACAGCGAGGGGAAGAUGAACGGCUACGGACCGGACGACGAGGUCGGACAAAUGUCGUUCAGCUGCCGGCUGCAGGACACCAACUCGUUUUUCGGCGCGUCGCAGUCAAAAAGGCCGCCGAAACUCGGACAGAUCGGGCGGGCAAAACACGUGGUCAUUGAAGACGACCGAAUAGACGAGGUGCUGAAAGGCAUGGCGGAUAAACCGUCCCCCGGUGUGUAGACCCUCCUGACGCCUAAGAACCCUUUUUUGCAUUUAAUCACCGGUUUGAUGCGCCGCAUGUAAAGCAGUGAGGAGCGACUGAGAAGCCUCUGAGGAUCAGGAUGCUGAGAGCGGACUGAGGAAGAGAUGAUGAUGAUGAUGAUGGUGAUGAUGAUGAUGAUGCUGAUGGACUAACAUGACAUGACCGCGGGCGUAUGGGUUUUAGGGGUGAAAAAAAAUAAGUGGAAUUUUCUUUCCAAGCUGCUGGUUUAGCUUAUAGGCCUACUUCUCCAAACUAAACCCAUCUAGAUUAAUCCACCACCUUCAUCACAGCGAUGAGAAGAAGUCCUGCUCGGGGUCCGACUUCAUCCGUCAUCACGAUAUCAAUUCAGUAUCGGACAUCGGUGUCGGUUUUAGCAGUGCCACGUUUCACAUCGAUGUAGCUGCGUUCACGUGCUGUCGAAGAUCAUAGGAAUAAAUUACGGGUCACGAGCUCACAAACGACGCAACACUGAGUUUUAAUAGUGUAGAAAAAAUAAUGAAACGCAACAGUUGAUGAUAAUUGUGUGCAUGCAAAAUGCAUGACAUUUCAACUGUAUAAAUAUACAGCGAUAUUUAAAUAUUCAUGUGUUAGACUAGAAUAGUGUACACUCUUAGAAAUAAAGGUACCAAAUUGUACUUUUUCUUUUCCUGUCAGUCGGUUGGUAGUCUACCUUCGAAGGUAAGGUACAUGUUGUUCAUCUUUAAUUAAACUUUAAAGCUAAAUCAGUGCUCAUUCAGCUUCUAUUAUUAUUAUUUUUUUUUACAAGCAACAAGAGAAGUACACCUUGGCACCUUUAUCUGUCACAGUGCAGCCUGAACAUCAUUUCAAACGUGUUUUCUGCUUGCUACAGGCUGGCUGUGAUGUUCAUUACGUAACAUCCACACACCAUGUUUUUUUUUUUUAUUUCCACUUCCGGCUUCUGCGUUAUGCCCUAAUUACACACUUCCGAGACAUAUAGGCGCGCUUGAACGUAGCAUGAGCUCAUUUUAAAGUUCAACAUCGCGCGCGCGCGCGCACACACACACACACACACACACACACACACACACACACACAAAGCAGGCCUGGUCCUGAUGUGUGUGUCAACCAGAGAAGAAGACAUCUGCAAAUAUGAGAAAAUAUGUUAAUUAUAUGAUAAUGAUAUGAUAAUGAUAUGAUAAUUAUCCCCAUAAACACCCAGGUUAAGAGCAGAUAAACACGAAGUUUACAUACAAUGCCAGCAAGGAUCUAAAAGAACAUGGACAAGUAUUAAUAAUCAUUCUUACUUUUUUUAAGGACAAGGAGGAGAGGAGUUUAUUUUGUUUCAUCAUUUUUGAAAAACGUUUGGCGUUGUGUAUAUAGAAAAUCUCUUGGUGAUUGAGUUUGCAUGACCUUUGUGCCAACGCAGGUGUUUGCACCUGUGUCCAAACCCCCUUCUUUUUACUGAAGUUAAUAUUUGUAUUUAAUAUUUUUUUAUAAAUAAAUAUUUGUUACUUAAAAUGAUAUACUAAUGUGCAUUCAGAGGCAUAAUAAUAAUAAUAAUAAUAAUAAUAAUAAUAAUAAUAAUAAUAAUAAUAAUAAUUUAAUGUUUCAGAUAUUUUAAUACAUCAACAUAUUAUUAUUAUUAUUAUUAUUAUUAUUAUUAUUAUUAUUGCUUGUUGUUCGAAAACUGAAAAUACUGCAUUCCAUUUUUCCAUCAUCAAGUCAUCUAACACAGUGUUAUUUCACUAUUAUUUUCAGUUAUUUAUGUAUUUAUUUAUUUUAUACUAUUCUGUAUGGUUUGUUGUGCAUGAAAUCGUAAUUUUUUCCAAAUGAAUGAGCAUUUUUACAAAGAAAAAAAAAUCAUCUCAGCACUUAUGGAGAAUGAACCAUUGUGUACUCUGAUGUCAUCUCACUGUACUUGCUGAGUUUAAUAAAUGGAGACAGAAGCUG